UGGCCAGUCCUGAGAGCAGGAAGUAGUCCAUGUGCUGCAAAUGUGCUACUGAUGUUGUUUAGUGCUUUACAGGAGAGACGUGAAGUACUUCACCAGAUGUAAUCAUGAUAACACCAGCAUUUGAACUGAGUCAAGAUGCUGAUUUCCUUACGAUAGUUAUUCGUGUACCCUACACCAGAACAUCUGAGUUUGACAUCUACAUCCAGGGGGAAGAUUUUAAGUUCUAUGCCAAGCCCUACUUUCUCAGAUUGACUCUUCCUGGGAGAAUAGUAGAAGAUGGCCGGGAAAAAGCUUCAUUUGAUAUCGAUAAAGGCCUCUUCACGCUGCAUGUCCCUAAAGAGACGCCCGGAGAGCACUUUGAAGGUUUGGAGAUGCUCACCAGUCUCUUGGCUCCUAAGGGAUCAAGGUCAGCCAAACCACUGGUGGAGGACACAGAGGCCUGUGGUGGAGUAUGUGAGGAGGAAGAAGAAGAAGAGGAGGAGUUUGAUUGGCAGAUAGAACAGGAGGUUUACACCGAAACCCCAGCAGAGACGCUGAAAGAAUACCACAAGUAUGGCUUUGGAAACCUUAGGUCUGGAGUCUUCGCCAGACUGCAAGAGGAACUGAAUGAGGUGAUUGACUUGAAGGAUCCUGACAACACUGCUCCUGAGCUCAGGAGACACAAUCGACUAGAAGCAGAGACCACAAUAUUCUGCGCCGACCAUUACAUGGUGAACUUGUAUGAGGACGAGGAGGAGAUCAGAAACCUGCUGAAGUUUAAACCGUGGUGGAGAGAGCUGAGCCCGGACCCUUCAGCGCAGUCCGACACCUCAAUAACUUUCACAGAAGAAGAAAAAGAGCAGAUGAGGAAAUUCACAAACCGUUCGUACUUGCUGGAUAAGAAAGCACGCUUCCACGUCUGGCUUGGUUUGGUGGACAUCAUUCUCGCGUAUGUCUAUGAUGUGCGCACUACAGAAGGAGAGCACAAUGUAGAGUCAGCCUGGACCAUCAGGAAGCUCAGUGGUACUCUCAGCUGGCUGGAGACAUAUCACUCGGUUCAAGACGUGCUGGUGUCUUUCGGCAGGAGGACUUUGUGCUACCCACUCUACCGGCACUUCUCUCUGAUCACAAGAGCUGUGAAAGACGUUGCUUGCAUUUUUCAGUCCGGGAAGGCCUGCGUCCUGAAAUGUCUGCUGGCCAUCCAUAAGAUCUUCCGAGAGAAUGAUCCGGCAUAUAUCCUCAAUGACCUCUACAUCACAGACUACUGCAUCUGGAUCCAGAGGGUCAAGUCCAAGCAUGUGCUAGAUCUGGCUGAAUCCCUACAUAAUGCCAAACUGCAGAAGAACCAUCUAGACCUGGAGCUGGAGAUACUCGAACAAGCUGCUGAACUUGCGAUGAAGGAGGAAGCAGAUGAAGAAGAAGAAGAGGAGGAGGAGGAGGACUCAAGCAGUGGUAGUGACUCGGAGGAUGAGGAAGAGAGUGAGGAAGAGCAGCCUGAAAUAACACACCCUGAAGAAAAGAUGGAAAAUAACCAAACGGGACUCAGAACUCUUGAAACUGUAGUUGAGCUCCAGCGUGAAGGUGGAGAGUCGCGAGAGCCCAGACAGUUGAUUGAGGAGUUGGGAGAGAGGCUGGAGGCGGGGCUGACGAUUCGGGAGGAUGUGCCUCGGGAGAGACCCUCUAUUAGCAGCAGUAACACGGAGGGAGAGGGAGAGAGAAAGAGCGAGGGAGACUAUAACCAUCAGCGUACAGCUGAGACUGUAAGAGACGACACGAAAGCAGCAGCCAGUAGAGAGCUACUUGAUGUGUGCCUUCAGAGGAAUCCACUGCGUAUCAUAAGCAAUGAUGAACUGGACAGUGACGAUGAUGGAAACCUACUUCUAACAGUGGGAAAAGAAGGACCUUAGUGGGAACGUUGUUGCUUGGGUAUCGCGAUUCCUUCACACUAAGACUAAUGGAUGUAUCCUUGAAUCUGUCAAAAUUAAUUUGUGCUUUUUCAUGGAUUUAUGUUGUGAGAAAUUACAGUUUUAUAUGUGCCGUUGUCAUAAAUGCUUGUUUCACAGUGCCACUGCUGUUGAAAAUAAAUGCCUUUUUUGUUUCUUUGUA